ACUGUGCAAGAGUCAACAGCACCUCUCGGAUUCUUACGAACGAUUUAACGAACAAAAUCUUAUCAUUCCCGAUCUGCUUGCGGUCUACACUCGAUACCGUCCGAAUCGUUUCCAGAUCCUUUGCACUACACUCGAGGUAAUCGGACUGAUCCUGACCGAUUGAACAUCCUCGACUGGCCCGAAUCGCCGAGACGUUAUCGCAGUAUACAAUCAUUGGACACUGUUAGCGGCUUAGUGGAUAUUGUGGAAGACGGCUGGCCCAUCGAGGGAAAUCGCAGCAUCGAUUGUAUCUAUACUCAAGUAAAACGUAAACGAAAGGAACACCGGAGUCUGGAUAGCAUCCUUUUCGAGGACGAUGGCGAGUUGGAGUAUUUCGAUGUUUUGAAUCUAUUACCUUUAUCAAACGUUCGUUUAGAAUUCGACGAGAAAGACGCGCGCAAUAACAAAUUUGACCAAAGAAACAACUCGAGUUUAAAAUCUCUCGAAUAUUUAAAUUCUCGAAUCGUAGAAGAGAGAUCCUCUACGAGGAGUAACGUCACCGACGAGGAAAAAUGUAAAGAAACUAGUAUUAAAGAAGAGGAAGACAAUUCUCGAGAAAUUCAUGAAAAUUGUUCGUAUCAAAGGAAAAAUUCAGAAAUUUUGUCUCACCGAUCAGGAGAGAAUUUAUCAUCUGAACGCAUCAAAAAGAAAUUGUGUCCUGGGGUUCAAGAGGAUUCCGAAGACGAUAAGGAUUUUGUUCCUUGUCAUCGAAACGAACUCCUGGAUCGACGAUCGACGUGCUCGAAUACUAACGAGGAUAAACACAGAUUCGAUGACGAGCUAAAAUCUUGCGAAAAUCAGGAGGACGAUCAAAAGGUCGAGGAGGCAGAAGAUUACAAAUCGAUUUGGAUCUCCGAUAACGAAGAGCAAGAGGACAUGUCGCGAAGGCCGCAGGUGUUAAAAGUCAUCGAUAAUGAUGUGACUAAGAGACGACACAAGAGUCUCCCUGCUCAGAUCGAUCCCGUUAUUAUUCCCGAUGGGCAGAAGAAUAUGAAGUUUCAGAUUAAUGGGAAAAAAUCAGACGAUUGUACAAAUAAGAGAAAUGAAAAAGAAGAUAUCGAUAGGACUUUGAACGGUAUACAGGUCGUGAAUCAGGAGGAGCUCGAGGCAAAUACGAGCGUAGAAAACACGAAAAACUUUUUCGAGCAGAAGAGCUCUCAGAAAGAAGGCUCGAAAGGGAAACAGUGCGAGGGUAGAUUCGAGAGAAUCGUCAAAGAGACGUCGAACAUCAUCGGGAAGGCGUGUAGCGUGGUAAAAGGUACUUUAGGUUUCGAGGCGAGGUCUGAAAGCUCAGAUUUGGGAUUAGGAUCGGAGUCCGGAAGCGACACACGAAGGAGAUCCGUGGACGAUGGAAUUGACGUGGAUCACGGGUCCGUGGCUAAGGGAUCGUCGUCGAAGGAUAAAGAUAGUAAGAACAUGCACGGCAAUUUAACCAGAUCGGUGAGCUGCGUGGAUUCGAUAGAAUGUCACCUGGACGACGAGCAGGAAUUCGAUCAUGUGCGUUACAAGAUCGUCAAAUCGAAUAUGUUCAGCAAAAACAUGUACAGCAGCACUCGUGGCGAUGUCACGUACGAAGGAUUGAUGCAAUAUUUGCGAGAAUAUUCUUUCCAAGAGUUAUUGCUGGAUAAUAACGUGGUGAUCAUUGAGCCGGUGCGUGCAGAAACGAUAGAGCGCAAGUCCACCGCUACGGGAAAGGCCAAAUCGGAGCCAAGUUGCAAGAUAGCUGGGGCGAUACAGAAAAAAGCAGAUGCGGAGAAUAGAGAGAGAAAUUGUGAAAGUGCGGAUGGGGACAAUUCUAAAAGUCCGAAGCAAUCGUCUAUCAAGAAGCAUUUCUUCUAUCAUCCUAUUAGGGUGAAUCGUGAGCUCAUCGACGAGGAACUUCCGGAUCCAGACACUGUGAAAAAUGUCAGGCGUAUGUUCGAGAACACAUUGAAAUUGAAAAACAACUCGAAUUCUGGAUUCUCCAGGGAUUGUAGGAGUAGGAAAAGUGCGAGCAUGAAAGAUUUAAGUACCAUCGACGAUAGCCAUUUUGACGAAAUAUCUGAAAAGGUGGACGAGGGAACCAGAUGUUCCAGCCGAGCGAAGGAUCUUACGAAACUAUUUGAGAAUAUGGAGAAAUCCACUUCCUCAAACGCAUCCAUGGUGGAAUGCAAAGACGAGUUGGACAGCCCUCGUUGCGAGUCGAAGACCAGAAUCUUGGCGCAAAGUUUCGAGGCCAGAAGCGGUCACACGUCUCCGAGCGACUCGACCUUCUCUAAAAACAAAAUGAAUCGUUACAAUCAUCACCAUCAUCAUCACAAUUGGGACACUGGUAGCGUGAGCUCUGGAGUGUCUAGCGAUUAUCCUGACACCGAUCCUGGAAGCGGGGUGCAAUGCAUUUCUUCGGAGGACGAGGAAGUGGAUUGCCACGAGGAUGAGAUCAGCGAGUCCACAAACGGACCGAGUCACUACGUAUCCCAAGAUGUGCUUAAAAGGAUCCGGGAAUGUGGUACCUCGGUCACUUAUUAUGGUGGCAAGGUAGUGAACUCUAGCAACGGGCCAUUGAUAUCUCCGAUGGUUGAAAACAGGUUCAAGUGUGUUAACAGUUCAAAUGAUUAUGUAAAAUUCCGCCUGGUAAAGAGCAAUUCCUGUGACAGCAGAUUGGAGCUUACAGGUCGACUGGUGGAGAAUCAUCUGAGACAACGAACUCGAGAGAAAACGGUUGACCUGAGCCAAUAUACGAUAGCAGAGACUCCCAGCAUAGAGAUUACCACGCUUGACAAGCAAGAAAGUGAGGCCAAAGUUGUGAAAGAUGAAAGCAGUAGAGUGACAGAAACAGAAGUCAAAAGGGAACCCCCGGUAGUGAUCGGUUUGGAGCCUAAAAAGGAAGAGGGCAAAGAGACGAAGUGUUUCAAGGCUGACUUCAAGCUGGGUAAUCUAGACGAUGCUAAAUCUGAUUACGCUAGCCGAUUCAUUGGCAGUGCUCUGACCAGGUGGCAGGUGAAUGAAAGUAAUUGGAGAGCAACCGAUGAUUUCGGUAAAAUGGAGUUCGAAGAGUUUGAGGUACUCGAGGACAGUUUGAAUGGAACGGAGAGCCAACGUUUGGAGACUUCUUGAAGGAAUUAGUUUUUUCUUUUCUUUCUUUUUUUUUUGUAAUAUAUUCCAUCUUGGUACAGGGAACAUUGCCAAAGGAGGAUACUUUCGUAAAAGUUUUUGGUAUUCUUAAACGAGGAGUUCAGGAGGAAUUCUGCAUAUUGCUUCAGUCGUUCGAAUUUUCUUACCUUUGUAACAACUCUCGAUCAAUUCGUUUGAGAAUACUUUAUUCGUCGUUAUGAUAAUAAUCGACGACAAUUGUACAGACAAUUAUCAUUCGAGGUUUCUUCGAGCAACGAGCAACUUGAAUAUUUUGAUAGAGCAUUAAAGUUUCGAUAAUUAGAGAAUCGCGAUGAUCUUACAGAAUUAUGUUUCAUUUGAGAAUUGUGGAGAUGGAAAUGUACAUAAGGAAGUUCUGUAUCAAUCUAUUCGUUAAAUUGUUUUAAGAUUAUAAAUUGUUUUAAAAUUAUGAAAUAAAAAUAUCAAUGAAAAUA